AUGCCACGACCGAAUUAUUACGAUGAGGUAGAAUUGGAAGAUAUGUCGUACGACGAAGAGCGGGAUCUUUUUCAUUAUCCAUGCCCUUGUGGAGAUCGAUUCGAAAUCACAAGAAUACAAUUGAAAGAUGCAGAAGAUGUGGCAAGGUGUCCAAGUUGCAGUUUGAUCAUUCGUGUCGUCUUUGAUCCGCUCGAUUUCGAGGAAGAUGAUGACGUCGCGCCAGCUUCUCAGAUUGCGACAUCCGCCACACCUGUUGCUCAAGCAGCAUAA